UAAAAUUGACUGACCAAAAAAUUGUUUUCAAUUUUCAAGAUAACCUUCAAUCAAGUGAUUUUGUCAAAUUGAUAACAAAUAACAAGUGUUUAUUAUCAGUGUAUUCAUUUUAUUUGUAUUGUAAUAAAAAUCAGCGACGUGUCUUACGGUCGGCAGUAAACAUGAAUUCUCUGAACAGAUCCUUAAAUUUAUUUACCUACGUACCAAAAAAUGCAAGAUUAAUUUGCUCUACAAGUGUGCGUCUAAAUGCUGAUGAUGGCUGGCUAUCAAAAUUACUCGUUCGAAAAAUAGAGCCGACGAAGGAAUCCCACAGCCGUAUGCUCAGCGACAAGGAAAUUGUCUACGCACUUCACACGCACAACAUAAGACCAGAUUCAGUUGACAAAUAUUUGAAAAACUACAAAAAUUCAGUGGAGUUUGUACACUCUCAGAAAGCUGAAUUAGGAUGUGAGCUAGUAGGAUCAUGGACAGUGUCGGUUGGAGACAUGGAUCAGGCUCUACAUCUCUGGCGCUAUGUUGGAGGUUUCGAGAAAAUUGACAAAGCCAAAGUUAUAUUCAGGGAAAACCCUGACUACCGUGCAUUAGAGGUGGAGCGCGGAGGCCUCGUCCGUUCACGGCACUUACAGUAUCUGCUUGCCUUCAGCUUUUGGCCUAACGGGGAGCCCCGGUCCCCACACAACAUUUACGAGAUUAGGUCUUACAGUCUCAAGCCAGGCACCAUGAUCGAGUGGGGCAACAACUGGGCGCGCGGGCUCACGUACCGCCGGGCGCAGAACGAGGCGUUUGCCGGGUACUUCUCGCAGAUCGGUCGACUGUACAACGUGCAUCACAUUUGGUGCUACAAGAACCUGCAGGCGCGGCGCGAGACUCGCGAGAGCACCUGGCGCAACCCGGGCUGGGACGAGUGUGUGGCCUACACCGUGCCGCUCAUACGGGAGAUGCACUGCCGCAUUCUGGAGCCCACCGAGUUCUCACCCACUCAGUAGAGGAGACUUCGUGGCUAUCUGUACGUUGAGGUCCACAAUCAUCCUGUUUCAAAUUUGUCCGUCGGCUAAAAAAAAUAUCUUUCCCCAAAAUGAGUAAUAUUUCUCGAAAUGUUUAUGGUCUAAAAAUGCUCCCUGGACCUCAACCUAUUUGCCUAUGUAGGCCAUACCUUGCGAUAUGUACAUAGCCGCCCCCAACUGUGUUUGCUUGAAAGUAUAACACAAACUAUAUCUCUUCAUUGUUUUUACGUGCUUUUAUUUGAAGAAGUAAUUUUAAUAUAUAUUUUAUUGUAUACACUUUGCUAACCAACAUCUACUUUAUUGUAUCAGAUGAAACAUUAGUUAUAUUCAACCUAUAAACAUUUCUUAUUUAUGCCAAGCCAUCCUUAGAGAAUGACAUAUAUAUCGCAAGGAUUUGUAAUUAAUAUUUAAGUGUAGGUAGGUGUAAUUAGAUUGAAAUACGAAAUGAUUCGGCGGUGUGAGAUUUUAAAUUGAGGUAAGUAAGUAUUGGAAGAAGUGGAAGAAAAGGUAAAAAUAUUUCUGGUCAUCUAAUCUAAUUGCACCUACAUACUAACGCAUUAUUUUGUUAUUAUUGAUGAAAAGACGUCUUCAAAGAAAGUUAUUAGUAGUAAGGUAUCUCUAUCGACGUGCAUUCAUCGGAUAAUAUUAUAUGGUGUCAUUAACAUAUAUAAAACAUAAUAUACCUAUUUAAGGUUCGCCAGCUUUAGACAUGUAUAAACAUUUUUAUCAGACGAUAUAUACACGCGCAUUUGUUGUAAUAUAAUUGGAUAAAUUAACAUGCAGUUCUAGCAUCAUAAUGUAAUAUAGUCUGCAUAUCAUUAUGUUUGACGCAUUUUAUUUUGGCCAUUUCUUAGUCAAUAAGUCAAGCUUUUUUAAACUUAAAUUUUGACACUGUCGCUAUAGAAAUGUAAAUAAGCAAUAAAUGUAUUAAAACUAAUGCAAUUGUUACAGCAUAAAGAAUAAUGCUUUUUUACGUAAUAAGUUCAGUUAACUCAGUGUUACUGAGGAUUGUAUAAAUGAAUUUGAUAACAAACUUGCAGUCAUGUAUCAAUUACAUAGGUUCUAACGCACGCACAAUGUCCUAGUAUCUACACAUAAUUCAUACUUUAGAAUGUAAGUAAAGCUUUCAUUUUUAAUUUUUAUUUGUAAAGCAUUUAAGCACAUCAUUAUUAUACAGAUCAAAAUAUUUUACAAAUCAUCGUUUCAAAGUAGAAUAAGGUCUGCUGUAUUUACACUGUAAUGUAUUUGUUAUAUUUUUUGUUCAUAUUUUUGUUAUGUAGAAAAUAUAAGUAGAUUUUUUUAAAGCUCUAAAAA